AAGGCGAGUUUAGCCGCUUUUCUUCAAAGCCAACAACAAUUACAACAACAAAAUCAAAGUUUAGCCCCAAAACUGAUAACCACACAGAAUGUGACACCCAUUCAGCAAAUUGUUUUGUGUCCAACAAUUUGUGCCACAACUGAAACCGUCUCUCAAGAACCCGACGGCGGAAAACAGCGGACAAACUCUCUUCCAAACGGAUUGUCACAGAAAUUCCUGUCGCACUCAUCCUUAAGAACGUCUUCGCUUCCAAAUUUCAAUUCAAUACUUACGAGUCAUGCGAACGGCGAACACAAAACGGCACCCGAUGUGAAGCCAACGGUAAUAUUAGCGAAAUGUCCGCCCAAUUACGACGAGGCGACCAAACAGAUGAACAAACCUAAAGACAAGAAGAGAUCUGUCAAAAGUCAA